AUGGAGGCUCUCGAGGCAGUCAAGCAUCGAGUUGACAACGAUACAACGGUCUGCUUAAUGACAGACGGCCUAGGCGUGCUGGAAGACGUACGGCAAAAGAUCUUUUCGGUGCCGGACAAGGAGCCCACGUUUUUGCUGGGCAACAUGAGUCACAAAUUUGCCUUUAACAGGAAUUUCGACUCGGUCCGGCAAUUACGCCAUGGUAUGUGGAAUAUCACGUCGGUACAGCGAAGCGCCGUUAUGUCGACGGAGCAGCCCAAGGUUGAGACGCAGAGCCACUUUGUCAAGUCGUUGCAAGCGGCCAAGCUUCUCAACACCGAAUACACGCCAUUUGAUAGCUGGUUCCGAUACAAGCUGCCAGGCGUCAUAUUCGACUCGGCCGUCGAGCCCGUGUGCCUACUUCUCGAGGUGCCCUACUCGGGCCUGCUACAAAACGCCAGCGCGAGGAAGCUCAUCAGCAGCUUGCUCGAGGAGAUUGUCUCGGUCCUGCGGCUCAUGCCCGAGAUUGGGCGUGCUGAGGCGUAUCACCAGCUGCUGGACCUCGACCGCGCACAAAAGGCACUGUACCGGCGCAUCCUGCACCACCGAAACCGGGAGAGCAGCCUGGUGCAAGAUAUCCGCCGGGGCCACCCGGUCAACGUGGACUACCUGAAUGGGUACUUUUUGCGCCGCGCGCACUCGCUCGGCGUCCAGGUGCCGACAAAUAAGAUGAUGUGGGACCUGGUCAAGGCCAAGAAUGCGAUUGCGACGCAGAAGCGCGACGAGUGGGUGCGCAUCGAGGAGACGUCGGUGACGCCGGAGAUGGAGGAUGAAUAUAAAACGACGUCUAUUUAUUAG